AUGUUGUCAAGAGCCCAGAAAAAUAGUUUCUGUUCUUUAAUGUGGGCUGCUUCUUGUCAUUAACUGCCAUCCAUCCGAACUUUAUUUGAGCGAGGGGAAUUUUACAUGAAUCCAACAUUUUGAACUGACUUCAAGCCAACCAGGAGCAAGAUGAUACUCCAUUUCUAUCCUAUGCUCCACUGGCAAAGCUAAGGAAACAACAGUCAACAUAUCACGCUCGCGCUCCAUUUUAAGUGUCACGGAUCAUGAGAUUCUUGAAAAACUUCUCUCUAGCAAGAAAGUUGGCCAAGACAUUUGCAGCUAUUCAUCAACCCAAACUCCACUGUUUUACCCACCUCAGACAUCAAAGGACCAACCAUGCCCUCAAAAGGUAUCUCAACUCAAAUUCCAGCACCAAGGCCCUGUUACUUUUCAGGGAGUUGUUGAGAAAGAGCACUUCCUCAAUUGAUAGCUUCUCUCUACUGUUUGUUAUCAAAGCGUGCACCAAAAAGCCCUUGGCCAUUGAAGGGAAACAGGUUCAGGGCCUUGUUGUAAAGUUGGGUUUUGAAGCCAUUAUUUUUAUCCAAGCCUGCCUCAUUGAUUUGUAUUGUGUGGUGGGAGAUCUUGGUGAUGCUCACCACGUGUUUGAUGAAAUUCCCAGCAAGAACGUUGUUUGCUGGACGGCUUUGAUUUCUGGGUAUGUUGAUAACCAGAAGCCCAACGAAGGUCUUCAACUAUUUAGGCAGAUGCAGAUGUGUCAAUUGGAGCCUGAUCAAGUCACUUUAACUGUUGCCCUCUCUGCCUGUGCUGAUCUUGGUGCUCUGGAUAUGGGUGAAUGGAUUCAUGGUUACAUCCGGCACAGGAAAGAACUUAACAGAGACUUAUGCCUAAACAAUGCUCUCAUAAACAUGUAUGCAAAAUGUGGAGAUAUUGAAACUGCCAGGAGAUUGUUUGAUGGCAUGAAAAGAGAUGUCACAACUUGGACAUCGAUGAUUGUGGGGCACGCAUUGCACGGGCAGGCUGAGGAAGCACUGAUACUUUUUGCAGCCAUGAAAGAAGAAAACAGAAUCAUGAAACUGAAAAAGACGAGCGGUGAUUCUGUUGGAAGUUUAAUCUUCCCAAAUGACGUUACUUUCAUUGGAGUUCUAAUGGCCUGCAGUCAUGCAGGGAUGGUGGAAGAAGGGAAAAGGCAAUUUCAGAGCAUGAUCCGGGAUUACAAUUUGAAGCCGAGACCACCUCACUUUGGUUGUAUGGUGGAUCUUUUGUGCAGAGCUGGGCUCUUAAAGGAAGCAUAUGACCUUAUGAUUCAUAUGCCUGUCCAACCAAACGCGGUGCUGUGGAGGACUUUGCUCGGUGCAUGUGCUAUCCAGGGCGAUGCUAUCCUGGCUGCAGAAGCUCGUGCACGCCUACUAGAAUUGGAGGCUAGCCAUGUUGGUGAUGAUGUUGUUAUGUCCAAUAUCUAUGCUUCCAAAGGCAUGUGGGAUGAGAAGAUAACGGUUCGAAAUAAGAUGAAGCAGCGGAGGGUUCCUGGUUGCAGUUCAAUUGAAGUUGGAAGUGAAAUUAGUGAAUUUGUCACUGCAGACGAUGUUCAUCGUUCGAAAAGGGAAAUUUAUGAAGUCCUCGAGCACUUGAUGAAAACAAUGAAAGCUCGUGGCUAUGCUCCAGAGAUGUCAAGCCCAACAGAGUACUGAUGGAAGGAGAGCAAGUGAAGAAAACUGCGUCAUGAUAGGUAAGUUGCCCCUUUUUGAUAUGGUGCCAAUCGAAGAGCAUUAACUAUAACAGGAGAUAUCAUGACCGAUCUUUAACUAACAAGGGAAAUGAUAAAAAGGAACAGUUGAUACAAAUCUCCUCCUCAAUAUAAGGUUUUUCCUCUGAUACACAGAUCAAAUGCCCCAUUUGCAGUGUAUCUAUUCACAAUAUAAAGUGGUAUUUCGUGCCAUUUUGAAUUGUUCAAAAGUGUAAAUUCCGCAUAUCUUUGUUUUUUUCAUUUUUUUGGUUCAUUUAUACCUACCAAAAAAAUGAUGUUGAAUUGUGUUUUUUGAGUAAUGGACACAGAUACUUCAACCUAAUUUUGGUUUCCUUUGAAUGAUGAG